AUGGAUAAAAACGCCAAGACUGUACCCCUGACCAAGGGCCCCACGGAUUCAGGGGGGGGCCCGUCCAUAACUGGCAAAGAGACUGGAAAACUGGAACCCGGAAUGAAGAUUGAUUAUGAAGAUAUGUGUUUUGACAAACCCGAAGAGGAUAUAACAAAUGAAGAUCUCUCCAGCUGGCUAUUUGAGUACUGGGGUAACCUGGACUCAAGCGUCGGAAAACUCGCAACUGUGGUGGAAAAGAUGUGCACCUUUUCCCUGGCAACGAGAAACUUACACAAGGAGAUGAAAGGCUGGUGCAUUGAGUUGCACAAACAAAUGGGCAGAGUUCAAAAAAGAAGCGAAGCACUGAAGUCCUUUGUCGACAAAUCAUCGGACAGAAUUGUAGAUUUGUCUUCUAGCCUCCUAGAAGUCAGCACUACGCAUAGCCUAAGGGCAGUGUCAGCAGUUGACAUAGGAGUCGGCACGGAAACUGAGGCUGUUCUGAAACCAAGAAGUAGCGAUGAACAGGAUACUGGACAACAGACCAGCAGCAAAACCGGCACGAACCAAGGGCAUGGCAGACAACGCCGCCACUUGAAGACAACUAAUGAGAAGAAGAAGAAGACAAAAAUGAAGACCACCGACGAUCCAAAAAAUAUAAGAUCAGAAACCAAGAGUGGAAACCAGAAAGAAGAAAAAAGAACGUCCAAAAGAAAAAAGAAGACUGAAACCAUACUCAUCAAAUCCUCCGAAGUUUCUAGCUACGCUGACAUCACGAGGAAAUUGAAGGGAAACAUUGAUGUCAACACACUCAAGGUUGACAUUAAAACGAUGAAAAAAACGGAAAGAGGGGACCUCAUAUUGCAAAUAGAUAGAGGCCCGAAGCAAGCGGAAGCAGCAGAGAGGCUAAAAACCGCGAUAGUCGAGGUCCUGGGAGAAGAAGCAGUAGUAGAAUACAAGCCGAAAUCCGCCACGGUCGAGAUAAAAGACCUAGAGACGGAAACCUCAGAAGAUGAAGUAAAAAACGCGGUCGUCAAAGCGACAGACGUGGCCCCAAACUCCAUCAAGCUACUUCCUUCAUUCGGGGGUACCAAGAUGGCUGUGGUAAGGCUGAGAGACAGAGAAGCAAUUGAACUUGGAAGAAUUGGAAGACUAACAGUAGGUCUGGUGCGGUGCCGAGUGAAACUUAGGCAACAAAUAGUAAGGUGCUUCAGAUGUCACGAUUUUGGACACAUCAGGGCGAAGUGUUCAGGAGCGGACCGGUCAAACCUCUGCAUGACAUGUGGGGACGGCGACCAUGAGGCGAAGAGCUGCAGCAGCCCACCCAGAUGCGUCCUCUGCAAGGACAACGGUCACGAUGGUUCACACUAUCCUGGCAGUGGGAGAUGCAAAGCAGCACAAGAGGCGAAGAAGAAAACUUAG